AUGUGUGGUCACGCGCUAUAUGGCGUGUAUCCAUAGCAUAGCAGCAUUUUCAGUAAGAGGAAGAUUGUUAUGCUAUCCAUCCAUGAUUGGCCUUUGAAACACAAUAAACAAAAUCAAAAUGGCUAUAUCUCUAAACCCCAUCAUCAACUUCACCUCAACGAAGUUGGAAACAAACUAUCACGAUGCAUCUAGGUAUUCUGCUGGAGCUUCUUUUCCAAAGGCCGCUCAGAUUACACUCGUUUCGAUAACGUCUGGAACAAGAAUGUUUCUCAAGGAGAAAAGAUUUGGUCACCGUUUUUCAGUUGCAAAUAGUGAUCAACUUUCAACAGAUGCUAGUAAUAAGGAUAUUGGCAGUACUGCAAGUUCAUCUGCCAAUGAUCAAUUAACAUCCACCAAUCCUGCUCAGGCAGAAUCACCGACACCAGAGGUUUCCAAUGUGUCUGUAGCAUCUCCUAAGUCGCAACCUGUAACCACACGAUCAUCUCAGAAAGUGAGAGAGAGGAUAAGGGCGGCUCGAGUUCUUAACCAGUCCAAGGAACCAAAAACAGCUAAAUCAGAAAUGGGAAGUAGUGUGUUGGCUGCUUUUAAAGAAAGUGACAGAGGGAAGAAGAGAAGAAGAUCUGGACUUCCAGAAGCCCCUGGUAAUUUGUUUGAUGACAGCAAACGAGGGAUGCCAAAGGAAGGUUGGACUUUUGAUUUUCCUGGCGGUUCUGAUCUAUUUCUGAUUAUCUUUUCAUUUGUUUUUAUCAGCACAGUGAUGUUCGGAACAACUUACAUUGUGUGGAAAGUUGGUGCAAUCCAUUUUAAUGACUAAUGAGAUGAGAUUUCAAGGGUUCACGGUUCACAAUAUAUAUAGAAUAGCUGAUUUAUAUAUUUGGACAAGCUUCAGCUUCUUUAAAUUUCAUGUCCAUGAAUUGAUGUUAAUGUCGAGGUUUUUGCUUUUUAGGUGCUCAGUUUAUUAUUUUUGAUAUUAUUUCAUUAGGUGGAGAGAUAUUUGAUUCAGAGGAAAUAUCCAAGUGAAUAUGAUAUACAAUGCUAAAUAUGUAUACAUAUACUCCUUGUAGUUGUUUAGUCAAAACUUCCAAUUGUUGGGUGAUGAA